AUGGAGGAUGAUAACAGGUACAAAUAUAUUGAUAUGGGUGUCAACAGUCUGUCUUUAAUAGUCAUGAUUAUUUCUUACGCAGUAAUUAUUUAUAAAGUGCGAAAAAGUAGCCAAGCAAUAGCCAAGCAUCAAUUAAUGAUAAAAGAUACUCGAUCAGAAAAUGGUAACGACUCAUACUUGAAAUCGAGCAGUUUUAGGACAACACGUGGACAAAUCAGUAAAAAAGAGAUGAGACUUUUCAUACAAUUACGGCAUGAAGUAGGUCGUUUGUUAUGCAGUUCAAAUGCGAAAACAAUUCCACCAACACAUCGUCGAUAUAUGUUAACGUCCAAUAAAUUGCUCAAAUACACAGCUAAAAACCAAUCGACAGGAAACAGUGAUAGUAGCAGUCAACAUGAUGGGCACUACGAAGCCUCAACAACACAGACUGGACAUGACUUGCCAGCAACCAAAACAUCCGACGCUGCUGAUACAAAUAAAGUUAUGGUAAAUUCAGCGAUAGCGUCAAUGACCAUGACAAUGGCGAGUAAUGCUGCCACAGUAGAUAAUGACAUAACUAGUAUAGUGAUAACAAUUGCAUAG